UCGAAACGAGACCGCAUUCGGAGGGCACGCACCCCAACCCCCGACGCAGGGAGAGAGCGCAGCCGCCAACAACCCCAGCAGGCCGCGAAAACCCUAACCACGGAUUUCACUUUCGUUUCAGCGGCCGCGGCGAAUCGACGCAUCACUGACCAAAGUGGUGCCUCAAGGCACGAUCCUUGUGCCCGUGUUGUGCAGUUUCAGUGUCAGUCCAUCCGAAGACGGUUUGGUAAACGAUGAUUGAUGGGUUUUGGUGAUGACUGGCCGUUUCACGCGGCUCGCCCCUUUUUAAUGACUCUAUUAUCGUGGUGAACUUUCGGUGGCGCACCGAAGCGUAACUCUAUUAGUGUCGUUAAGCGCAAAAAAGAAAAAAAGUUAGGUUAGAAGAACGACUGAAAUUAAUAUUUCGUCAGCCCGUAACGAGUUUAUUUUGUUAUUAUCCGGUGUCGGACUGUGAUAAGAGCCGUGACCUUCUCACUAAAAGCUAUCGCGCACUUGUUUUCGGUUCGAGUUCAGGUGCGUACCGGCCGGACUGAAUUAAAAUAUAUUUUGGGCGAGCGAAAACUUCGAUUGUUCUUGUUCGACCCAAAGCAACCAGCUAAUCACAAUGCAAACCCCAACCAUAGUGUUCAAAGGAGAAAAUAAGGAGUUCCGUGUUCCUUCGGGAGCGGUCGUAUCUUCGUCGACGUCGUCGCCCACGACGUCGAUGAGGCCCCCGCCACCACCCCCGCCCCCGAAGGUGAAGAUUGUCGACAAGUUGGAGGAGCCGUCCAGCUCCAUUCCGGAUUUAGAGUUUGACGGGACGACGGUACUCUGCCGAGUAUGCGGAGAUAAAGCAUCAGGUUUCCACUACGGCGUACAUUCCUGCGAAGGAUGCAAGGGCUUCUUCAGGCGCAGCAUCCAGCAGAAAAUCCAAUACAGGCCGUGCACCAAGAACCAGCAAUGUUCGAUAUUGCGAAUCAACAGGAAUCGGUGCCAGUACUGUCGCUUGAAAAAGUGCAUCGCGGUCGGCAUGUCCCGAGACGCCGUCAGAUUUGGACGCGUCCCGAAAAGGGAAAAGGCCCGUAUCCUGGCGGCCAUGCAACAGAGCUCCAACUCUCGUUCGAUAGAGAAAGCGGUCGCAGCCGAAUUGGACGACGAGCAAAGACUUCUGACGACGGUGGUGCGAGCCCACGUGGACACGUGCGACUUCACCCGCGACAAAGUCGAGCCGAUGCUCCAACGCGCUAGGGAACAGCCCUCCUACACCGCGUGCCCCCCGACUCUGGCUUGUCCGCUAAAUCCGAACCCCCAACCGUUAACCGGACAACAGGAGCUGCUCCAAGACUUCUCCAAGCGCUUUUCGCCCGCGAUUCGGGGAGUAGUCGAGUUCGCCAAACGCAUACCGGGGUUCUCUCUUCUGUCACAAGACGACCAGGUGACCCUGCUCAAGGCCGGUGUUUUCGAAGUGUUGCUGGUGCGUCUCGCGUGCAUGUUCGACGCUCAAACCGCGAGCAUGAUCUGUUUGAACGGGCAAGUGCUCAAACGGGACUCUAUCCAUAAUAGCUCGAACGCGCGGUUCCUAAUGGACAGUAUGUUCGAUUUCGCCGAGCGUAUGAAUUCGUUACGGUUGUCGGACGCGGAGAUCGGUCUGUUUUGCUCGGUGGUGGUCAUCGCCGCCGAUCGACCCGGUCUGAGAAACGUCGAGUUGAUCGAGAAAAUGCACAACAAGCUGAAGGCGGCGUUGCAGAUCGUGGUGACGCAGAAUCACCCGUGCCAGCACCACAUUUUGGAUGAGCUGAUGAAAAAAGUGCCCGAUUUGCGCACGUUGAACACGCUGCACUCGGAAAAAUUGCUCGCGUUCAAAAUGACGGAGCAGCAGCAGAUGAUGCAACAGCAGCAGCACCAUCAUCUGUGGAACUCCGAGGAGGAGAGCAGUAGUAAGAGUCCGGCCGCGUUGUCGUGGUCGUCUUCGUCGGACGUCACGAUGGACGAGGCCAAAUCGCCACUAGGCUCCGUAUCCAGCACGGAAUCGAUGUGUUCCUCCGAAAUGAUCUCAAACGAUAACCACCACCACGCGACGCACCAUCCGACCAACGCCCCCCUGUUGGCCGCGACGCUCUCGGGCAGCCUGUGCCCCCAUAGACACAGGGCCAAUUCCGGAUCGACGUCCUCGGGCGACGACGAAUUGGCCGCUACAUCACACCUAAUACACAACGGUCUCACAAUAACUCCCGUGUCGAGACCGCCGCCGACGCACUCGAGGUUUCGCAAGUUGGACUCCCCGAGCGAUUCGGGCAUCGAGUCCGGAACGGAGAAAGUCGAUAAACCAACGUCGGUAUGCUCGAGUCCGCGAUCGUCGGUGGAAGACCACCACAUCGUCGAAGAUAUGCCGGUGUUGAAACGUGUGCUGCAAGCCCCUCCGCUUUACGAUACCAACUCGUUGAUGGACGAGGCGUACAAGCCCCAUAAAAAGUUCAGGGCGUUGAGGAACAAGGAUUCGGCGGAGGCGGAACCCGCCCAGCCCGCGCAGCAGUCCCAGUUGCAAAUGCAGCUGUCGUCGCCGCCGCAGUCCUCGUUGUCCACGUCUCAUUCGAUGUUGGCGAAAAGCCUGAUGGAAGGUCCGCGGAUGACGGCCGAGCAAAUGAAGAACACCGAAGUGAUCCACAGUUACAUAAUGCGCGGGGAGGCGGCCCCGCAACCGUCGCCGAUGGUGACGGCGGCACCGACCGCCUGUCCGUAUAAGAGCGGCCUGCUGCAGCCCGCGUGGGCGACCAGCGUCAUCACGACGACGGGGAGGCGUGGGCACACGCCUUCGCCUCAGCCCCAGGAGUACAACAGGCUGUACUUGCACGCGCAGUCGCCCCAUUCGACGUCGCCCGCGCCGCCGCAGUCGAGGUCUCCCGCGAGCCCUCAUUCGACACUGCUCCAGGUGGACAUCGCGGACUCGCAGCAGCCGCUGAACCUGUCGAAGAAGUCACCGUCGCCGUCGCCCCGCCCCCUCAAGGUGGUGACGUUGGAGGUAUAAGGCUGCGGGCGUCGAGACGGACGGUUCAAGUACAAAGUGGAGUGCGUGCGCUAGCGACAGACGCUCGGACAUUUUGGUGCCACUUUAAUCGUAUUAAAACCAAAUAAUUUAUAUCGUUGUAUAUUCAUCCUUUUACUAUCUCUGUCUAUAUCUCUGUAUGUCGGUGUGUGACCCAAUGUUGCGUUGUAGUGGUAGGCUAGUUCGUGGCGUCGUCGGCGUCGGGGGCGGUCGGCGUGUAUAUAGCGGACCAAACAUUUUGGCGGGCCGCCCGCGCCGCGGCGUCUCCCCCCCCCCCCCCCCUUAGUUAGGUUGACAUUCAAACAAUCAUUAAUUUAAAUAGUUCUAAAUGGAUAUUUAUGAUUAAAACCUGGCAUCAGCACCCAAUCGAUCCUAUAUACGAUAGAUUUAUUAUUAUAUUAUUUGUUAAUAUAUAUAUGUGAUAAAUUUUGAUUUGUAGGAGUAUAAGUUUGUGUUAUAUCGCGUAUCUCAGUUUGUAUAAAAAACCAGCAUUAUCCGUUUCAUCACCAACCGAUCAACCCAUUUCCUCCCCCUCAUUUUUUGUCCUCUCGUACUUGUAUCGCAACCAUUGUUCAUUGAUUUAGAGAUAGGCGCGAGUCGGAGAGGAAACCGUGAGACUGAGGGGCGGCGGCUCCAAAACCCCAACGUACUAGGGCCCUGAAAAGAAAGGGCCAACUCACCGCUUGGGGCGCCCCCCAAAUUGUUUGUCUCCGGCUCGCAAUUUCGGGACGUGAUCCGUUCUGCCCUCAACCGAUCAGCGUAGUAGACGAAACGAAUACGGACGCAUUAUUCUUCACCAAUUCUGUUACAAAGCGCGCGCAUACAUAUGAAAUAAUUAUAUCUCGGUCAAGUCAGUGUUUUAUGAUUUUGUAAAUUUGAGCAACCGUUGAGGUCGUCGGAAUAAAACAUGUC